AUGUACCGUAUGUCAUUGAUGGCUUUGAUUGCUGAUGAGCUUCCUGGUGUCAACAGAGAAAGGUGUAUAAAGAUCGCUAUUGUUCACGACAUUGCAGAAGCUAUUGUUGGUGAUAUAACUCCAUCUGAUGGUGUGCCGAAAGAAGAAAAAAGCCGAAUGGAGCAAGAAGCCUUGGAUGAAAUGUGCAAGGUUCUCGGAGGCGGCAUGAGAGCUGAGGAGAUCAAAGAACUGUGGCAAGAGUACGAGAAUAUGUCAUCUAUAGAGGCCAAACUCGUGAAAGAUUUCGACAAAGUUGAAAUGAUUCUGCAAGCACUAGAGUAUGAAACAGAGCAUGGAAAGGUCUUGGAUGAAUUUUUUCUGUCGACAGCAGGAAAAAUUCAAACUGAAAUCGGGAAAAGAUGGGCAGCUGAAAUCACUUCCAGGAGAAACUCGCAAUUAGCGAAUAGGCUUAACUAUAGAAGUAAUGCUAGGAAAGAUGACUCAAUGUACGAUACUGCUCGUAUUGUAUUGAAAAUGAAGUACGUCUCAAUUACCAUGACCGGGAGGAGACCCUCAUUACUCCUCGGCCCCUUGCCGGCGGUAAUCACCACCGGAAAAUCCACAGAGGUUCCCUCAGAAAUCAAAUCCAUGGACCCGGAAACUAAGCUACCGAAAAAGCCCAAUUUCGACCCUUUGAAGGCCCACGAGCUCACCGAAGGCGGACAGCCCGAGUUCCGGAAGGUCUAUGUCCCGGCCCACCGCCUCAAGCCCCUCGAAAAUGCCUGGAAGGAAAUAUACAACUUAAUCUACAAAGUCAUGAAAGUCGACAUUCGAAUGAAUCUCAAGGCCCGACGUGUGGAGCUCAAAAACAAGCCCGAAACUCCCGAUAUCGGUCACCUCCAGAGAUGCGCGGAUUUUGUCCAUGCUUUUGUUCUUGGUUUUGAGUUUCGGGACGCGGAGAGUAUGCUGAAGUGUGAUGAGCUGUAUGUGGACUCAUUUGAAAUCAGGGACGUGAAGAGCCUGCGCGGGGAGCACCUGUCCCGUGCGGUGGGACGUUUGUCAGGAAAAUCGGGAAAGACCAAGUUCGCGAUCGAGAAUGCCACUGGGACACGGGUCGUGAUUGCUGACACACGGAUUCAUGUGUUGGGGCCUUUUGCUCGUAUUAAGGUUGCAAGGAAUUGUCUUUGUAGCUUGAUCAUGGGUUCGCCCGCGGCUAAGGUUUAUUCCAAGCUUCGUCGUGUUGCCUCCAGGCUCGAUAGCAUUGCUUGA